AUGCACGAGAUUGUCCCAUUGCUUGCUUCGCUGGACCAGGUCUAUGCGCCGCCUGCACAGGAGCGUGAGCGCCGUCGCUGGAGCGCAUUGAAUUCGCGCUUCGAAACUCUUUACCAUCAGAAGCCCAGUUUUGUUGCGCGUGCGCCUGGCCGCGUAAAUUUAAUUGGCGACGUGAUUCCCGCUGCAAUUGACAAGGAUAUCCUUAUGGCAACUGUAUUUGUGCACGAUCCGUCUGCUUCCUCGCUUCAUUUCACGCUCGAAAACGUGUCGCGCGACUUUGCGCCCGCGUCGUUUGCCUGCAAUAUACACGACCCGCAGUCGGUGAAGCUCGCAAACGAAGGCGACACACGCUGGGCAAACUAUUUCAAGGUCGCACUUCAAGGAUUGCAGCCGCACCUUCCUGCGGAAGCAAUUGCGUGCGGCAGAGGUGUACCACCCGCCUCGAGCCUGAGCUCGAGCGCGGCCAUGACGAUUUGCAGCAGCAUUGUCAUACUCACUGCUCUCGGUGCGCGCGACCAAAUUUCACGCAAAAAAAUGACUGAAAUUGCCAUUGAAAGCGAGCGUCUCGUCGGGGUCAAUUCGGGCGGUAUGGAUCAAGCCGUGUCUGUGUACGGAGUGCCGAACCAUGCAGUUUAUGUAUCGUUUGUACCGUCGCUUGAAACACGCUCUGUUCCCUUGCCUUUCAACGAAGAUGACUCGUUCGUGUUUGUUGUUUCCAAUACGUUGGUCGAGUCGGACAAAAAGGUGAUGGGUCCGGUUCAGUACAAUCUACGGGUGGUCGAGACGCGUAUGGCGGCGCGUAUCUUAGAAAUGGCGCUUGGCUUGAAUGCAGACCAGGCGCAUUUUCCCCGUGCAUAUCAGCACACAUUGUAUGCAGUAGCAGACGCAUAUUUUCAAAGGCCCGGUGCAUGGGAAGCAGCGCUCAAAGAUUCGAACGUGCGCGAUACGCGGACAAAGCAUGGAGAAAAAGCCGCACAGUUGCAGUGGAUGCUGCGCAUUGUCGAUACACAUAUCCCGCACCAUGCAAUGGUGCGUAAAGAAGUGGAAGAGGCGACAGGUUUGCAGGGCGCCGCUUUCGAUCGCGAGUUCCUUGAAAGCUUCCCUAUCCGGGCCGACCAAUUCCACUUGCAUAGCCGUGCGACGCAUGUAUACUCCGAGGCGCAGCGUGUGAUUUUGUUCCGUACAUGCUGUGACGCAACAAAUGUCGUUGGGAAAGCGUCACUUGACCCGCUCGCCGUAUACGCUGAACUCGGUGCUCUGAUGAAUGCAAGCAACAAAAGUCUGCAUAUGCUGUACGACUGCAGUUGUAUAGAGCUGCAAGAGGUGGUAGAAAUUGCGCGUGCGCAUGGAUCGCUUGGGUCUCGCUUGACCGGCGCAGGCUGGGGAGGGUGUGCCGUGCAUUUGGUGCCACGCGCUAAGUUGUCCCAUGUGCUGGAUGGAUUGAAGAAAGAAUAUUACGCAAAACGGUUUCCACUGCGGAGCGAUGCACAAGUACAAGACGCCUUGUUCGCGACGGAGCCAGCGCGUGGCGCUUGUGUCUUUCAAUGUAGCUGA